GAGCCAAUGGCCCCGUGUGUCUGCUAGGAGAGGGCGGGCAGCGCCGCGGCGCGCGCGAUCCGGCUGACGCAUCUGGCCCCUGUUCCCCAAGACCAGAGCGGGGCCGGGAGGGAGGGGGAAGAGGCGAGAGCGCGGAGGGCGCGCGUGCGCAUUAGCGCGGGGAGGAGCAGGGAUCUUGGCAGCGGGCGAGGAGGCUGCGAGCGAGCCGCGAACCGAGCGGGCGGCGGGCGCGCGCACCAUGGGGGAGAAACCCGGGACCAGGGUCUUCAAGAAGUCGAGCCCUAACUGCAAGCUCACCGUGUACUUGGGCAAGCGGGACUUCGUAGAUCACCUGGACAAAGUGGACCCUGUAGAUGGCGUGGUGCUUGUGGACCCUGACUACCUGAAGGACCGCAAAGUGUUUGUGACCCUCACCUGCGCCUUCCGCUAUGGCCGUGAAGACCUGGAUGUGCUGGGCUUGUCCUUCCGCAAAGACCUGUUCAUUGCCACCUACCAGGCCUUCCCCCCAGUGCCCAACCCGCCCCGGCCCCCCACCCGCCUGCAGGACCGGCUGCUGAGGAAGCUGGGCCAGCAUGCCCACCCCUUCUUCUUCACAAUACCCCAGAAUCUUCCAUGCUCCGUCACACUGCAGCCAGGCCCAGAGGAUACAGGGAAGGCCUGCGGCGUAGACUUUGAGAUUCGAGCCUUCUGUGCUAAAUCACUAGAAGAGAAAAGCCACAAAAGGAACUCUGUGCGGCUGGUGAUCCGAAAGGUGCAGUUCGCCCCAGAGAAACCUGGCCCCCAGCCUUCAGCCGAAACCACACGCCACUUCCUCAUGUCUGACCGGUCCCUGCACCUCGAGGCUUCCCUGGACAAGGAGCUGUACUACCAUGGGGAGCCCCUCAAUGUAAAUGUCCACGUCACCAACAACUCCACCAAGACCGUCAAGAAGAUCAAAGUCUCUGUGAGACAGUACGCCGACAUCUGCCUCUUCAGCACCGCCCAGUACAAAUGUCCUGUGGCGCAACUCGAACAAGAUGACCAGGUAUCUCCCAGCUCCACGUUCUGUAAGGUGUACACCAUAACCCCGCUGCUCAGCGACAACCGGGAGAAGCGGGGUCUCGCCCUGGAUGGGAAACUCAAGCACGAGGACACCAACCUGGCUUCCAGCACCAUCGUGAAGGAGGGUGCCAACAAGGAGGUGCUGGGAAUCCUGGUGUCCUACAGGGUCAAGGUGAAGCUGGUGGUGUCUCGAGGCGGGGAUGUCUCUGUGGAGCUGCCUUUUGUUCUUAUGCACCCCAAGCCCCACGACCACAUCCCCCUCCCCAGACCCCAGUCAGCACCCACCCCCACACCCCCUCUUCCCGUCCCCCCAGCCGCUCCAGAGACAGACGUCCCUGUGGACACCAACCUCAUUGAAUUUGAUACCAACUAUGCCACAGAUGAUGACAUUGUGUUUGAGGACUUUGCCCGGCUUCGGCUGAAGGGGAUGAAGGAUGACGACUAUGAUGAUCAACUCUGCUAGGACGCGGGGCAGGAAGAAGGGAGGGGAUGGGGCUGGGAGAGGUGAGGGCAGGAUCGAGAUCCCCACUCUCACUGGGGAACUGUCCCAGCCCCUCUUCCCUUCCCCUCACCUGGAAGCUGCUUCAUCCAAUCCCUUCACUCUCUCUCCCCCAACCCCCCAAGAUACGCACUGGACCCUCUCUUGCUGAAUGUGGGCAUUAAUUUCUUGACUGCAGCUCUGCUUCUCCAGCCCCGCAGUGGGUGGCAAGCUGUGUUCAUACCUAAAUUUUCUGGAAGGGGACAGUGAAAAGAAGAGUGACAGGAGGGAAAGGGGGAGAUAAAACUCCCACUCUCAACCUCACACCAACACCUCCCAUUAUCACUCUCUCUGUCCCCAUUCCUCCAAGAGGAGACCCUUCGGGGACAAGGCCGUUUCUUCGUUUCUGAGCAUAAAUAAGAAAAUAAAUCUUUUACUAAGCAUGA